CUGAGAACGGGGUUAUUUAAUAAGAUCACGCCGCCGCCCGGCGCAACGAAGGACGUCUUGAGAAAAUGCGCCACCUCUCAGGUUUGCAGAUUGUAAAGUUCCCGUUAAAAAGGAAGAGGAAAUGAGUUGCCUGGCCUCUGACACCUCCCCGUGUUGGCCUGUCACUGUCUGGUGUCUAGCAGUUUCUGAACUGCCACCAGCGCAAGUGGGGACUCAGGGAUUUGCAGAACCCUUCAGCUGGAAGUGGCCUCAGCAGUUCUGAAUAACGACUUGGGUAAUUCAGGGACGGGCUUUUCCGGAGUGUCUCACAGUGUAGUCAAACGGAAGUGUGUAAAUACUAUCCUAGGCUGCCCUGUAGUGGGAUUUGCCUUGUGUUUUGCAGAUGAAGAAAUAGAAUCUGGUGACUUGUUUCAGAGUCCUGGAAUAGACCCCCGCUCGUUUUGAUUCCUAAUCUAUCGGGAAUGAAAACUAAGGCAUCAAGAUAUUCCUAUUUAUUUUUUCCAUCGCAUCAUUUUAAUACAAGCAGGAUAAGAUGGUCACCUGGCCAGAUAAUGCUGGUCAAAUGUGAAUCGUGCAAUAAAUGGUGUAGAAUUCAUUCCUUCAGUGGUUUCGGCUGAAGGCUGUGUAUCAGCAGCUCUGCGACACGGGGCAUUUCAGUGGAGGCUGCAGAGGUGUCACCUAAACACGAUUUUCCUCCUGGUGUAUGACCGUGGGCUAAUUGUGUCUGUAGCCAGCUGUAUAAUUAAGAGAUAUUCCUUUUUAAAAGAGAUUUUCCGCUUAAGUCUGAUGUUUAAAAAUUGAACGCUUAUUGUUACUUAUCGAUAACUUUAUUCCUAAAAUAGAAUCUGAUGUGGUUUACAAAAACCCGUGUAAUAGAGAACGGUAAUAAAACACGUGUAGAAAAAAGUGCAAAGGGAAAUUCAAAGUAGAAAAACGAGAGACGGUCGUGCUUCUGGUUGGUGUUCAGAAACGCACCCUGUGGGAUGGUCCGCGGCUGGCAGCACGGGCCACGGGUACGCACUCGCGUUUCCCAGAGCCGGCGGGGAGCGUGAUGAGCCGCACAGCAGUCGUAGGUUCGGGAGAGUAAGCGCAGUUCCCGUCCUGGGGUUGAGGCCCGGGUCAGGUGGCCGGUCCCUCACACGCGCCCCUGAAAGUGUGACUGGGCCCCGAGCGGAGCCGGGCCAGCACUCGUGACUGAGCUUCAGUAGGGUUUGAAUGGCCGAGUUCGGGCUCUGUUACAACAUGACGCACCGGAACCCGAGAAGGAGGUUUUCCUUUUCUUCCUGGCUGGGGAAAAUGGCAACGUGGAGAGAGCCUCACGGCCGCGCGUGUGCACGGAUGCGGGUCGUGGUGUGCUGCAGCAGUGGAGGGCGGGACACAGACGUGGGUCCGUGCGGGGCCGUGAUCUGGUUGCCGGACUGAUCUGUGCCCCUUCACGUCUGAGACGCAGGACCACAUCAGCCCCCUUGUUCUUGAAAUACGGGCCCCCUCGGUGUAAACGUGUGUACGUUAGGUGGGUGUGGGUUGAGUCCUAUCUCAGGAGUGAAUACGCUCUGCGUGCUAGUGGCGGCCCCCAGCAUCUCACACUUAAUGAGUCUGCCCCAUGCGCUUGCUGGCCCCAUCUCAUGCACGAAGUGCAUCACCUCCGCCACCUCCUUCCGUUCCACAGCAGCCUGACGAGGCCGUGGGCAGCGCCUCUGCCUUACGGAUGGCGACAUUGAGGGUCAGAGAGCUUCCUCCUGCUGAGGUCACGGGGCGCACAGGGGUCUGCACAUGGUUCCGUGUGACUCCCCCCCCCCUCUUUUCUAACCACGGCACUCCUCUGAUUUGCUCCGUAUUGUGAAAUUACCGCCUUACUCAUUUGUGCUGUCCCUUCCAAAGCGCCAUCUGUCCUGGGGCAGAAACUGUGGGAAAUUAUCGUCAAUGCCGCUCCCAUGAUGCUGUGUGCCUGUCGUAGGGCACGAGUUUGCCUCCUGCGAGCUCCUCGCCCGUGGACUGUGAGGGGGGCCAGCUGCUCGCCGCCCGGGAAGCAUUCAGGCCCACGUCUCUGUUCGCAGGGCGUGCGCAACUACAGCACCCCCGUGGGCUUGGAUUCCAGGGUCCUUGUGGAUUUGGUGGUGGUGGGGUCCGUUGCCGUUUCUGAAAAAGGUUGGAGAAUUGGGAAGGGAGAAGGUUACGCUGAUCUGGAAUAUGCCAUGAUGGUGUCGAUGGGAGCGGUCGGCCCGGAGACACCAGUGGUCACCAUCGUCCACGACUGCCAGGUCAUCGACAUACCUGAAGCGCUGCUCGAGGACCACGACCUCACCGUGGACUACAUUCUCACUCCGACGAGAGUCAUUGCCACGGGGUGUGAGCGCCCAAAGCCAACGGGAAUCUUAUGGUCCAAGAUCAGCUGGGAGGUGAUGGGGAAAAUCCCAGUACUCCAAAGCCUUCGUCACCGAGAGAAGCAGGCUGGGAAAGACGUCACCCUCCGGGACGAGCCCCGGCGCCUCCUGGGAGCCAGCAGCCAGCAGCCAGCUCACCUGAGCGCCGUCCGGGGGCCCCGGGACCCACCCCUGCCAGAACCCUGCCCUGCGCAGGGGGAGGACGGGCCCACUGGCACCGUUUGCGUCGGGAACCUUCCCCGGGACGCCCGAGUGAGCGAGCUGAAGAGAGCCCUCCGAGAACUCGGAGCGGUCCCCCAGAGGCUCACUUGGCAGGGGCCCCGGGGCAGGGCCCUCCUGCAUUACCAGGCCCCGGCCUCCGCCCAGCAGGCCGUCUCCCGCUUGCAGGGCUUGCGCUUGGGGGCGGCCACCGUGACGGUGGCACUGGCCAGGCGGCAGAGGGCCAGCGACCUGCCGGGCGGCCGCGUGCAGGAGCCACAGGCUGACUGUCGCCCGGCCGUCGCCGACCUGUGAUGGGGCGCUGCUCCGGUCCCCGUGGAACUUGAGGGGCGUGGCAGCGGGACUCGGCAGAGCGUUGCUGUGUGAGCGGCUUUGGGCCCAGGCCUCUCCAGGAUGGCCCGGCCUUGUGUCACUGCCCAGGACCUCCUGACGAGUAGAGAGUCAGCCAGUAGCUCACGGCCGACAUGUCCCAGCCCUGCUGUGUCUGCGUCCCGUAACCUGCCGGGUGUUGCCACCACACUGGCUUCUCUGGUUAUUCAGAGGCCGCAGGGGACCGAGUCGGAGUAAACGGUGGCAGCCAGGGGUUUGUGGUUGGGGGGAGGGGGAGUAAGGGGCGAGGCCCUGGCAGGGGUCAGGUCCUGGCAGGUACACGCCCUGCUGUCCUGGGAUCCUGGGUCUGGAACCACCGCAGGGGGAGAGCUGUGUUCAAGUCGCAGAAGCCAACAAGUGCGGUCUCCUGGGUGCGGCUGUUUGUCACAACUUGGCGCUGGCGUCCGUGACGGAGAGCCCGUGUGACUGGGGGGCGGUACGCACCUCACUGCUCUGCCCUCCUUGCCUCUCCGGCCUCACCCCUCCGUCCGGGAGAACACCCUCCACUCCACAUGGUCUUGUAGGAGGUACCCGCCAUGGAGAAUGAGCUGUCCCAGCCUGUGUCACAGACAGUGACAGACGCUCAUGCCGGUUUGCCUAAUGCCCCACGUUUCUUGUUUUUUUCCCUCCACUUUUCCUAAAAAGCAAACUGGAUUUUGGCUGAACUAUGCUUUCUAAACAGAAGCACUUUUGCAAUGGAUCCUGGGCAAAAAGUCAAAGAAAGCAUUUACAUGGAGAUUUUUUUUUUUUUUUUUAAUGUAUACACGUGAGAAAUUUUAGUUUUUUCACCAGCAGGUCGUGCUGGGCACGUUGCAAGCACAUUGUUACACCUCAGGAGGGCCUGGCUUGCGUGUGCUUUCAAGAAAACCUUGAGGCACUCGGUCUCCCUCGCCAAAGCACUUUCUCAUUGGCUUUACAAGGAAAAUACCGUGGAGACGUCGGAAAAGCCUGCCCUGAGAUUGCUCAGUAAAUGUAGGCUUCUUUCCCAAGGCGUCAGGAAUCAAACGAAGGGCGGAAAGAUCUUCUGGGCUCUCUCUUCCCACCUGUACCGCCCACCCCACCCUUGUGGCUGCCUUUUGCUUCGUCACCCAGCGCCCGGCUCAGAUGUUAGAGGCUGAACCUGACCCCCUCACCCAGAGCAGCAGUCUGGUCGUCUGACUCCUCACGGUUUUUUGUUUUGCUUUUCUGCCUUGUUUCUCCUGUCUUUUUUCCAUAAAUUUUCCCUGUAUUUGA